AUGCUAUCCAGAGUAGGCAAGACGAACCUUCCCGUGAACUUCGAGUUGGUUCGAAUCAGAAGACACUGUAAUAUGCUCAGAAGCGGCCGUCCGACGAUCCGGAUCCAAGUGUAUUCCUCAGCGUCCCAACACUUUGAGCACCGCACUCUACUGCUCAGACGCCGGCAUUCCCAGCAGCGCCAAACGUCAUAUUCGAUGUCCUCUACGCUCGAUAUACCCCCAGCAGUAUCAGCACCAGUCUUCCCCAGCAGCGGCCGGAAGUUGACCAAACGACCGCUCAUCACACGACCGCGCGUCGCUUCGACUUCCAAUCAGCCUUUGAUGCACUCUACAUCGGAACCGUUCCGCGAGGGUCGUGACAAGACACCAGCAGUCGGGCGCUCGCGCUCCCAGUCGCCUUCUUCGAUUCAGUCGCGUGUCAAACUACGUGUAAUGACCGCAGAGGCGGGAGACAAUGCGAACUUUGUUCCCCUUUUGGCGCGAUCUUCAGUCUCGAUAUCGUCCAGCGACAAGCACUUGUCCCCAUAUACGCGAUCUGACAAAGCCGGGCGAAGGAGGUCAAUCUCGAGCGAGCGGUCGGAAGACUAUUCCAGGACGAGAGAGCGCGUUUCUCAGGCAAUAGGGACAGUCCUGGGAACCGCGUCUGGCGUCGCUCGCGACGUCUUGACCGCUGGGGUGGACCUCCUACAGUUCGCACCCAUACCGGCCUUAGGCAUAGCCGGUUCAAUCCUUGUGAGCAUAUGGCAAGCCAUUGAAACUAUCGAAGCGAAUGACACAUCAUGUCUGCGCCUCGCUGAACGAUGUGCGGAGACGCUCAUGGCCGUUCAUCACCUGGCGCAGCCAGAUGUGGCCCUUGAACUCGAAGAACCAGUGCAGAAGCUUCAAGAAGCGUUCACCCAGAUCCAGACCGUCUUAGAAAGGCAGUCCCAGCGCCCAUUCUUUCACCGGUACCUCAAGCGCGAGGAAAUGCGACGUAGUAUCGGACACUGUGAGACUUCUCUCGGAGAUGCAUUGGGGCUCUUCAUGAUCAAGAUCCAGCUGCACACACUGAGAGCCGUCAAUGGAGCUAGAAAUCGACGUCUCAGUCAAGCGAACUCGACGUACAUGUCGGACGUCGACAGCGUAUACUCUUUCAACCCUGGGAUGCCUCGAUCGGCGGCCUGGAAUAACGCGCAAACCUCCCUGGGCCCGGAUGCUACCCUCGCGGAUGGUGGCCACAGUGCGCCAUUGGACAUGUCAGCGAUGCACCUUGCAGGGGCGAUGGCCUUCCCGGAAGCUCUCACAGCGUCUGAAGAUGCGGACGCGUUUGAGCGGGAGUUGAUGGAGUCCGGUGCCCGCGCUCUCAAGCGCUUGAGCGAUAUCAUGAGCGAUCUUAGUGUGUCGAGUUGGACGGUCACAGAGUGUGGCACAGAGAGAGACUACUCGGACGAGGAUAUCUUCAUCUCGCCGUCACCUGGACGAGCGUCCCACAUCGCGCCCUGGGAUUCACCCAGGGCGGUUGGACCAUCCCUUCACCCGACAUCGUCGCCCAAAUCCGAGCACUUCCACGAACCUGAAACCUUGCUCGAAGACUGCGAAGUCCCACUUCUCAAUAUAUGCGACGUGCCCGUCUCGCCGCCGUACGACCUGUCGGCGGACGUUGAAUCCCUGAAUCUGGCGGAGACGGUGAUGCAAGCUGAAGUUCAGGUCGAAGAUGGCGUCCCACCUCCCAUAUGGCCUCCCCUUGAUUUGGCCUUGCAAGAACAGGAUAUUGAUGUGCUUGGCUUUCGAUCCCGGUGUAUGGCAUACGGGAGCGCAGUACAUCCAGAUACAUUGGACGUUGCACUCGAAGUGAAUCCAAUACUCGCAUUCGGCCACCGCUCCGAUGACACGGAUGACAAGUAUCUCAUUUGGAACCUCCUUACACCGUCAUCUGAGGCUCACAUGUCCACACACCCAACCCGACGAUGGUUCGAGGAGCGGAUUGAGCCGGCGACUUUCCCGCCCGUCACUCACUUAUAUGUCCUUUCCUCGUCAUUUCCUUGGGCUAUCUUCGUAUCGGCGAGCACACUGGAGUUCGGAGUGAGCUGCGGCGACGUUAUUGGCGCCCUGAGCGGUGUGCUGCAAUCUGCUCUACCGCCCUCUAUGUGGGGCGAGAAGGGGCAACCUCAACGUCGCGCACUCAAGCGCGCAUAUCGUGCAAACCGGUCGAACGAAGUGGGCUCUCUUGGGCAUAAACUGGGAGAAGGAAUGCGCUUCGCCGACAUGCUAGGCUCUGCCGUUAUGUUCAACGGGCUGUACUCGCUUUAUGAGAAAGAGAAUGGCCCACCCGUACCGGGUGUGCUCGCUGUGUACUGUAACUAG